ACAAACACUUUUUUUUUUCUCUCUCUCCCCAUCUUUGCUAGCCGUUGACUGACUGACUCUUUUUUUCAUCUAAAAUCAUCUUAUUCUCUCACUUUCUCUUUUUUCUUUUGGAAACUCCUUAAAUACAACAAUUUGCUGCCAUUCAUGACCAACCAAUUCAAAGAAAUGGGUGAUCUUCACUCCAUUGCUUACAGUAGCAGCCUCCACAACUCAUCCCUAGAUUUGGAUUGGGAUGUUCACAACCUUGGAGUUCUCAACGCAGACAUGACUCACUCAUACACUACAUGGUGGUGGGUAUGUGUGUAGUUAUGGAAAGCUGCAGUCCGCCACUUUUCUCCCCUCUUGAAUCUGAUCUUUCAAGUGGCUAUCUUCAAGACGCUUUGUUCAAAUUUGGUGAUCGAUCUAAACGAAGACGAUUUCUAUUGUUUGAUCAUCACUGUGAUGAUCAACUUACUAAGGACUCCAUAAAUCCCAUACAGAGCUACUGGAACUGCAAGAAUGAUGAGAAUUAUUCAGAGAAUUUCAGUUAUCUUGGCCAGAUAAGAAAUAACAAGGAUGGAUUUUCAGAUGAAGGCAUGAAUAGAUCCGUGAGUGAGUAUGUAAGUAUGUUGACAGAAACAGCAGAAGAGGCAAUAUCAGCUUCUGAAACUUUCGAUUCUUCAUCAUCUUCUCAGAAAGACUCAGUUAACGAGAAGUCCACAUUUGAAAAAGAGACAAUAUAUUCCAUACACCCCAUAUCUCCUGGAGCUGGAAAGAAGAGGAAGAAGAAGGUGAUAACGAGAAGGGUGGUGUACCCAUUUGCUGUGGUAAAGCCUGGUGGUGUGGAAGGAGACUUGACCUUGAAUGACAUAAACCAGAGAAUUCUAAUGCCGCCCACUCGGCCUGUGAGGCAUCCUGUUGGAGACUUUGCUUGCCGCCCUCUACUUUCACUUUCUGGUGAUGGAACUGGAUGCAGCUUGUCUGGCAAAUCAGUCGUCGCCUUUACAAGAAUUCACACACAAGGAAGAGGCACUAUCACUAUCAUCAGAACUAAAGGUUGACACUUUAUACAUAUAUUCAAUUAUUAGCUGUACAAAUUAAAGAUGAAAAAGCCCUGCAAACUGCAUGUUUAAUUGCUUAAUGCUUGUUUGAAUUUUGUAUAUAUAUAGUGAUAUCAUAUAUAUUUAUGUAUGUAUGGUUGUUCACUUCUACAGAUUAAUUAUGGUUACUCUUUGUUGCUUAA